AUGGCUGGACCACAGUAUACAGAUGAAGUCGAGUCCACGAAAGACUCGACGCCUACUCACCAAGAUGAACCUCUAAAUCAGCCACAGCCGAUGACAGUUCAAGAUAAAACUGAUUCAUCCAUCAACGACCCUCUAUGGACUCUCAAGAUAAAUGUCCGUGUUCUCUCCAUUUCUAUCGAUACUCUCCUUCUUAUAAUCAUAUGUAUCCUCGCCGCUGGGUCUACCGAUGACACGGCCCCUGUUGCAAUCUUUGGACCUGUUACUACUGUUGCUCUGAUAUGGAGCUUCAUGGACUCUGUAUAUCUUUGGACCAAGCGACAUCGUAACUUCAGUCCCUCCACACGCAUGUACUUUGAUCUGGCAUUAUCCAUUGCCUUUACUAUCUCAUCACUCUUGGGCGGUUAUUUCGGUCCUACCGAUCAUAACGUCUCGGGUUCGGCCCCGAGUAAAGACGAGUCGCACCUUGGAAGAAGAGCCUUGGGAUGUUUUGGUAUUGCAAAAGUGUAA